AGACCCAGCAUCACUGUCUGCGGGGGCUUAGUGUUGUUUUUAAUACCUGUUUGAUUCUUGAAUUCUUGAUGUGCGAAAUUAAGUGAUUUGUUUAAAUCUAUACAAUUCGCAAUUCGGCCAAGAAAGAAUUAGGAAGCGGAUUGGUGGAGGAUGCCGUCCAUUAAAUUAAAUUUACACCAAGAAGUUGAGCAAAUAUUUGGCAAGAAAUUUCAGUAUCAAAAACCAAAGGCACCACAGGCAUGGCAAUUGCCGCCCGACCAAAAGCAGAAUCCCCAUUUUGGAGAAUAUUAUCAGUUCCCGGCUCUGCUGGCGCUCAAGGAUAAUUUGAAUGCGGUGAAGAGCAAACUCAAUGACUAUGGAGUGGAGGAAUGGAGUUCACACACAAAUCGACGAGAUCCUUCCGGAGAAGUGUCCUGGCGCUUGAAAAACGAAACAAAAGCAGAAUUUGUAACAGUCGCGUGGUGCAAAUUUUUUGAGGUUCUGCAUCGUUAUCCUGUGGUGAGCCAGCCAAAGCUCAACACGGUGCAUCUCUGCGAAGCGCCUGGCGCUUUUAUAGCUGCCCUUAAUCAUUAUUUACACUCCAAAUAUCAGAAGGAUGAGAUCAAAUGGAAUUGGCGUUCAACCACCCUUAAUCCUUAUUAUGAGGGAAAUGCAUUAACUGAAAUGAUCACCGACGAUCGCUUUAUUUUCCACACUUUGGAUCACUGGAUAUUUCAUGAGGAUUUGACGGGAAAUCUAAUAAAUGUUUCCAACAUUAAGGGAAUGACUGAUCGUUGUAUGAAAGAUUUCGCAGGCCAGGAGGUCGAUCUCAUCACUGCCGAUGGCUCUAUCGAUUGUGCCCAGCAACCCGAAUCCCAAGAAGAAAUUGUCCAGCGUCUCUUCUCUGCCGAGAUUAUUACUGCCUUGAGCAUUUUGAAAAAGGGUGGAACAUUUGUCAUCAAAAUGUUUACACUCUUCGAGGCUUGCAGUGUUUCCUUGCUUUACCUGCUGAAUUGCGUCUUCGAGAAUGUUAAUCUCUACAAGCCGGCCACCUCGAAGCGUGGAAAUUCCGAAGUAUAUGUCAUUUGUUUGGAUUAUCAGAAAGAGGCACCGGGUUUGGCUCGAUUACUUGAGGAAAUGCUUCAGAAACUGUCUAAUCCUCAAGAUGCCAUGGUCAUGCCGUUGUUUGCCAAAGCAGAUAUACCCAAAGAUUUUCUACUGCAACAUGAAAUUGGUUGUCGUUUGUUUAUGAAACUCCAGGUGGAUGCCAUCGAGGGAAGUAUCUAUGCGUAUGAGUCCAAUGACCGUGUAUAUACACAACAUUUGCAUGAUUUGCGCGGUUUGGUCUCUUCCAUGUAUUACAAUCGCUACAAAGUGCGACCCCUGGCCGAGGAUCUGUGUCUGGUGUCGAACAAGGCGAGUCUGAAUAAGCCACUUGGCCAGUUUGUACCCAUUUAUGGUGGUUCCUACACAGAGCGUGCCAAAAUCCAACAGGGUGAUAUCCUCCAUCAAAUGUAUUGCCUGCGUCGGGAAUUCAAUCAAUUGGAAAAGUGCCCCAACACCAAUGCCAUUGUUAGCUAUAAGCAUGAGCCUCUUAAUGGAUCCCUCCGGGUCUCUUGGGGUCUACCUGUCCAACAAUUGCAGAGCAGUCUCUUUGCCUCUGAGCGGGUUCUACUUCUCCGUCUACGUCUUUUGGACACUUUUGAAAUGGAUCCGAUUUGGCAAAUUAAUUCCAAAUGUUUACUAAAUGCUACCGAUCAAAGUGGAAUCAACUACCAAUCACCUGAAGAGAACGAAAGUUUCCACCAAGGCCAGCAAAAGUUUUUUGCUAACCUAAUUGAAAUAGUUUUAAAGCAAAAGCCAAUGACAAUUGUUUUUGAUAAUUUCCUUUUUCUUAGCCAUUAUGCCGUUUCCCUGUUGUUAGUCCUAGGCGAAAUGAUAUUUAAUGAAAUGAUAAUCAAUGAAACUUCCAUUAAUUUAAAUGGUCUAAAACAAGACUUGGACAUUGCAGAGCAAUUGCUUAGCCUGUUAAAGACCGAAACUAGUGAUGGAAAAGCUAUUCACAGCUUUAUAGACAUCAAAUAUUUGCAAAAGAAUCAAUUUAGUCAAGCUCUCAUUCAACAUAAUAAUAAUCUGCUUUUGGCCUGUUAUAGGAGUAUGCUAGGCGAGGAUUCCUUUCCCAGGCCCAUGGCUAACACUGCAUCCGUAGAGUCUAAGACUAAUUCAAGCAAUUCAAACGAUAUGGUAGUCGUUUAACAUUAGUUAAUAGUCUUAAUCAUGAAACUAAUAAAAUGAAUUUCAAAUGAAAUAAUUUACAAAUUUUAUAAAAACCUUUGAUAUUUCUUAUUUAGUUAGAGGAAAGCCAACUACUUAUAGUAAUUAUGAUAAUAAAAUGAAAUUAAAUAGUUUGUUUUUUCAAAAACUUUUGCAAUUUAUCUUUUUCAAAUGAAAUUAAGAACUAUAUAUAUAUAUAUAGACUAAAUAUGUGCUUAUAGCUUUGGACUAAGAAGAUUAAAAAAGUUGCAAAGUUUUCAGCAGAUUUGUUAUAAUUAAUUUUACGUACAUAUAUCUCGACAUCAUUGAAAUUUUGUUUUGUUUGUUUUUGUUUUUUUAUAUCAUUUAAUGCAAUUACAUAAGCAAUCUGAGGGAAAAUUAAAUAUGAAACAGAAUUGUUUUGUUCUUUACACAAUCUAUUUUUUUUUUGUUUUCUUUAUAUAAAUUAAAUAAUAUCUAAGAAAUUUUAAAACACAAUUUGUUAAUAACAUUUCGGAACAAUUUUCUCUACUUUAUAUUCAUUCUUAAGUAAAUAAUUUUCACUUUUCACUUGAUUCUUAGAGUGUGUAUGCGUGGUCGUGUGUGUGUGUGUGUGUGUAUUGGUUGCUCCUCAUCCUGAUCAGCAACUAACUAACUCCCCCACCAUGACUCUAGACGAAGGAGUGUAUUAAUCUGCCGGACGCUUUUCGCAAUGUUUCCUGGUAUAAUCUUCUGCAUUCUUCAUGAACUUUUUCUUAUCCUUGAGAAAUUCCUCAGCCAAUUCAGCUCUAAGUGGAUGCUCCGGUUCGGGAUCAUUGAUUAGGGCUAUCAGUGCCUGAACAACCUGAUCCGUACGAGUUGCCGGCUUCCAGUUUUCCGUGCUAAUGAUGGGCAAGCACACUUGACCCUUCUCAUCGAUAUUGGGAUGGUAGAUUUUCGUUUUGAAAUUAAUCUUUGGUGGUUUGAAGGGGUAUUCGGCUGGGAAAUUGAUUUCUAUGCGGAAUGCCCCUUUGUUAUAUGGGGGAUUGUCGGGCACAAUGAGCCCCGUCCAACGCAGCAGAUUGUCGUCAUCGGCCUUGAUAUCAC